AUGUCGGAGGACGAGGCGCGAACUCGCGAGGCGGCAAAGAGGCAGAAGACUGAGGCGGAGAAGCGGAUCGUAGCGGAGCGCUGCCCGAUCUGCUGGGACUCGCCGCCCGACCAGCCUGUCACCGCGCCGUGCGGCCACACCUUUUGCCGCUCGUGCAUCAUGGCCGCGCUCGUCAUCCGGAAAGAGUGCCCCUGUUGCCGCGAGUCCCUCAGCUCCCACCGCGCCCUAACUCACCGGAGUGAUCCCGAGGUUGUCCCUCGCCACCCGGAAGCGACCGAGUUGCAGCCCACAGCCGGCGAGGCGCGGCAGGCGCGGCAGCGCGACACCGGCGAGGCGCGGCAGUCCGCAGCCGGCGAGGCGCGGCAGCGCGACACCGGCGAGGCGCGGCAGUCCGCAGCCGGCGAGGCGCGGCAGCGCGACACCGGCGAGGCGCGGCAGUCCGCAGCCGGCGAGGCGCGGCAGCGUGACGCAGGCGAGGUGCGACAGUGCGGCACCCCAGGGUGCUUCCUGGCCGCAUUCCACGCCGGGCCUUGCGUGCCGGAGGCCGUCUGGACUCCGCGCAUGCGGACCGCGCCCGUGCGGUUGCAGGGAGGCGAGGGGGGGGGCUUGGCGACGGCCGGAGCUCCGCAGGAGGCGACGCAGCCGCCUCCCCACGCGCGCCCGCGGCCUGAGCAGCCGGGAGGUGGCGACGGCAGCCGAUCCUUCUCCGUCGGCGAUGAGGUCGUGGCACGCGGACACCUCGGCCGGCUCGUCUCGUCUGGGAACGGCGCCUACCAGGUCCAGACGGCAGUCGAGAGCCGCGCCUCCACGUCGCUGGCGGCCGCCUCGCAGCAGCCUCGGCCGGGCGGGCCGCUCGCCGCUGCCGACGCAGGCGAGGGCGCGGCGGUGGUGGUCUACUUCUCCGACGUCUCGCGCUGGUACCGCGGCGAGGUGACGUCCGUCGGCGGCGACGGCACUUUUGGCGUGCUGUACGAGGACGGCGAUGAGGAGGAGGCGGUACCGCUGGAGGAGCUGUUCCACGAGCUGCAGGCUGCUGACACGGCGGGCGAGGCGCGGCAGGCGUGGGCGGAGGGCUUGCGUUUGCAUCUCUCCAGCAGCAGCGCCACCGGCUACAAGGGCGUGUACGAGCACUUUGGCCGCUUCAAGGCCGAGCACAGUGUGAACGGAAGAAGGGCCCGCAUCGGCACCUUCGCCACGGCGGUGGAGGCGGCGGUGGCGUACGCGAGGACGGUCGGCGAGUACCAGCCUCCUGCUCAUCCUCCUCCGGCGGUGGCUGCAGAAGCGGAGGGCUUGCGGCUGCACCUCUCGAGCAGCAGCAGUACCGGAUACAUGGGCGUGACCGAGCCGAGCUCUGGCCGCUUCCGGGCGCAGCACAGCGUGGGCGGGACGGAGGUCUACUUGGGCACCUUCGACACGGUGGUGGAGGCGGCGGUGGCGUACGCGCGGGCGAAGGCGGGGAAGGCAGGAGGGCCAGAGCGGGCCGCGGAGGAGGCAGGGGCGGCGGAGGGCGGGGAGGCGGAGGGGAUGGAGGUGGAGCAGGCGGAGGAGGCGGAGGCGGAGGGCUCAGCAGGCGGGGAGAAGGGAGAGACGGCGGGUGAGGACGAGGAGGGAGAGACGGCGGAGAAGGAGGCGGAGGCGGGCUCAGCAUGCUCUACCGCCUCGCCACCUCCUCCGCCUCCGACGCACAGGGAGGCUGCACUCGCCACGCCGCUAGCGACGGAGGCGGAGGGGCUGCGCUUGCACCUCUCCAGCAGCAACGUCACCGGCUACAUGGGCGUGACCGAGCCGAGCUCUGGCCGCUUCCGGGCGCAGCACAGGGCGGGCGGAAGGCAGGUCUCGCUCGGCACCUUCGCCACGGCGGUGGAGGCGGCGGUGGCGUACGCGCGGGCGGUCGGCGAGUCGGAGGGGCCGCAGGAGGAGCCCGGGCGCGCCGAUCCAGCCACCGACCCCGAACCGGCACCGCCACCUCCGUCGGCGCCAGUACCGCCACCGCCGCCAGCAUCGACAUCGGCAUCCGUCCCCUCUGCGGCCGCGAGUGCGCCGCCCGAGUUCUCGGUCGCGAUGAGGGACGAGCUGCUCUCGCUGCCCCGCCAUCGCCGCGCACGGCGCUUCUUCACACGCGCUCUCCGUGAACAGGACGAGCUGCUCGAGCUGUACGACCGGCGCGAGGCGCGCGGCGGCGUGCUGCACCCCGAGGCGCAGCGCCGCUUCGAGCAGCUCAAGGCGGCCAAGGCGGCGGCUGCCCGCAGCUCGAGCGCCCCGGCGGACACCUUUUCCGCCUCUCUCGGCGCCGUCGCGCCUCGGGCCAGGCGCGACUCGACCCGCAUCCCUCACUUUCUUGUAUCAGCACCCGUAGGCUAUCACGACACGCCAUCGUGGGUGGCGGAAGCGCCGGCGUGGGUGCUGGCGGCAGCGGCGGCGGAGGGACUCACGCUCGUUCGUUCGACAAACACGACGGGCUUCGCCCACGUCCUUCUGCCGGCGGGCGCAAACAAGGCGACGCCGUUCAUGCUCCGGUGCGCAAUGGAAGAGGGCGGGGCGCGGGUAGUGGGAUACUACGCGAGCGCAGCAGAGGCCGCGCUCGUAUACGCCCGCCGCGUGGGGCCCGAGGCGUCGGCGCACGAGCACCGGAUGGGUGGUGCCCGCCUGAUGACGGCGGCGCAGGCGCUCGCGGCGGCCGAGGCGGAGGGACUGACUCUCGAGCGGCCGCACCACAACAGCCGCAGGAAGGAGGCGCGGUUCAAGUACGUGCACCUCGACCAAGACGCGGCCUCGCGGGCGCGGCCGUACCGGCUGGUGAUCCGCGGAGAGGACAAGCGGCUACUCAAGGGCGGGAGGUAUGCGACGGAGGAGCAGGCGGCCCUCGAGGCGGCGAGGUACCACGCGGCAUGCGCGCGUAAGAACUAAGACGCACUCGGCGGCGUGGGCCUGAGGGAAAGUUUAGAUGAUGUGGAGUGAGCACUGUAGUACUAGUAGGCUGUAGAGCUGUAGAGCGCGCUGUAUGUAAGGGUAGAGCGCUGUGCGUGCAGGAGAAGCGCGAGAGCAAUGAAAGGAUGUUUCCCACAAACGAAGA